AUGCAGUUUGAAGUCAUCGCUAAGUGCCACACGACCCGUGCAAGGGUAUCUCGGAUGUGCCUGGCUCUUGAAGCCAUGGGCAUCAACCUCAUCUUGAACAAUACGUACCAUCUCAAUCUCCGCCCCGGGAUCCAAGUCCUCAAGGAAGUCGGAGGAGCGCACAAAUUUCAAGGAUGGAACCACAACCUUCUCACUGACAGCGGCGGCUUCCAGCUCGUGUCUUUGAGCAAGUUCACAAAGAUUACCGAGGAAGGCGCUUUGUUCUCAAGCCCGUUCGACGGCGAGCCAACAAUGCUGACUCCGGAGGAGAGCAUUUCAAUACAACAUGCCAUCGGGGCUGACAUCAUGAUGCAGCUCGACGACGUGGGCAUGUCACUUAUCAAGUCUCACGGUGGGCCUCGAGUGGAGGAGGCUAUGUGGAGAACUAAUCUCUUCGCCAUUGUACAGGGAGGCCUCGAGGAAGAUCUCAGAGACAAGUGCCUAGAUGAGAUGAUAGCUCGCAAAGACAAGGUGGCUGGGUACGCCAUCGGUGGGCUUAGCGGGGGCGAGGAAAAAGAUUGUGCGGACAAGCUGCCGAAGACCGUAUGUGACCAUAGGCCACGAUACUCGAUGGGUAUAGGCUUUGCAGAAGACCUAUUGGUCUGUGUUGCAUUGGGGGUUGACAUGGCGGAUUGCGUUUUUCCAACACGAACAGCACGUUUUGGGGUUGCGUUAACCUCCAAGGGUCCGCUCAAUCUACGCCUAGGGAAACACGCCAAGGAGAUGUGUCCGAUCGAAGACGGCUGUCCUUGUCCAUCAUGCUCGAGCGGUGUGUCUCGAGCAUUCAUCCACCAUACAAUCACCUUGGAGACUUCGGCUGCCCAUGCCAUUUCACAACACAAUCUCGUUUUCCAAGCGCGAGUGAUGGGCGGGGCGCGAGGCGCGAUUGUCAAUGGCACAUUCCCGAUCUACCUGAAAGAGUUCUUUGCAAAUUACUUCGGCGAUGCAGGCUACCCCGAGUGGUGCGUCAACGCCCUUCGCAGCGUGGGCGUAGACCUGCUCGACGAUCGACCGGACACGAAAGUCAUUUCCGGCGGUGGUGCGAAGUGGGAGUAUUCAGACGCGGCGUGA